CACUGUCAUUUUUGGUAAAUAGUAGGUACCUACCUAUUUCUAAAUUUAUAAAAAAUGGUAAAAAUAAAUCGAAAAAUAUGUAAAUACACAACAAACAAUUUGGACUAAAAUAACAUCUGUAUGAUUGAUCGUGAAUAAAAGUGGACUUAAGAUAUUGGACAUUUACAUAGGUACCUAAUAUUUACUCUUCGUUUUACAUGAACUAGAAAUCAUUUCCAUCUAGGUUCAUGAUGGUAUGAGCUGGCGGUAAGCAUGUUGCCGCUGCGGCUGCGGCUCGUGGCGGGACACGAGGGCCGCGCCAACGACGCGCUGUUCCAGCCGGCGCGGCGCCCGCCCGUCCGCCCGCCGGCGCCGGCGCAGACGCUCGUCUACUUCGGGGGCGAUGUGCAGGACUACCCAGAAGUGAUGCAAGCCCACCGCGACAACCGCAACUACGUGAAAUGGAACCUCGAGAACACAGCGCGCAUGCUGUCUCACAAUUUCCCACACAAACACAUACUGGUUGUCAGGCCUUCCAGGAUAGAGUACAAAAGCUUCAGUUGUUACGACAACUUCGUGCCGAGCAACAACGCGGGCGUGCCCGACCACACUCCCACGCACAGCGCGUUGCGUCAUCUGGAGAGGUUGCUCCAAGGUGUGAGCAGUAGACUAAAAGCCAUGCCCACAUCGGAACUGCUGGAAGCUGUCACAUCAGUGUCUCUGCCCGAGGAGAUUGACAUUGAGGAUUUACACGUGAGUACUAACACAUCCAUCCACGGCGUGGGCCAGGGCAAAUCAAACGGCUCGACCAGGACGGAUGCGGUUGCGACUGACGACAGCGCGCCCGAACCUGAUGUAGACCCGCUGUGGUGGCGUGAGCAGCUGGCGUUGGACUCCAGUCGGCUGACGCUUGUGGGCUUCAGCAAGGGUUGCGUGGUCCUCAACCAGAUCGUGUAUGAGUUCCACUACACCAACACCCUCACUCCGGGCGACCAGCACACUGUCCGAUUCAUAUCGCGCAUUGAGGAGAUGUACUGGCUGGACGGCGGACACGCGGGCGGCAAGAACACCUGGGUCACCUCUCGGAGUCUGCUGGAGACCCUCACCAGGCUCAACCUGAACCUGUACGUGCACGUGUCGCCGUACCAGGUGCAGGACGAGGCGCGGCCCUGGAUCGGCCGCGAGGAGAAGGCCUUCGUCUCGCUGCUCAGGAAACUCGGCGCUAAGGUGAACCGUUACCUGCACGACCAACCCGGCAGCACCCAGUCGCUACAGAUGCACUUCGAAGUCCUCGCGAGGUUCAAACGAGUUCAGGACCACGCACAACCCUCGCAUUCCGACGACGAUGAUGAUAUGUAGGAUUCUAUAAACCAAACCACCAUCAGCCAUCCUUUCUGACCCGUGGUACACCUGUGUUUCACCUAGGUGUUACACACUGUUAACUUUUUGUACCCCUGGUUCACCUAGGUGUUCUACGGUUAACUUUUUGUACCCCUGGUUCACCUAGGUGUUCUACGGUUAACUUUAUUUACCCCUGGUUCACCUAGGUGGUCCUAGAUUAAUUGCCUGAUUAUACAUAUGAAAGUCACACGUUACACACAGUUAUACAUAUGUCACACUUUCAUGGCUAGACCACUGGUGUGAUUUAUGAAAUUUGUAAUAGUUGACCGGGUUCAAACAUAGGAUACUGCGGGCGGAGUUGCGGGCAACGGCUAGUAAAAAUAGUAAUUUGUAAUUAAAAUUACAUGUUAAACACUUUUUACCUCGUUUAGUACCCACAAAUGGGAUCAGUAGAUAAAUAGUUAUUAAAUGUUACAAAUUCAUCGUGUAUCCGGUUAAAGCCCUAACUAUUUUUUGGUGAUGAAAUCAAAUGUUUCAAUGUUUUUCUGAUACAGUAUUAAUAAUAAUUUAGUUUGACGUGCUUUUAGAGUUAUUAGCCUUAUAUUAUUAGAUUAUUGAAUGAAAUGUACAAAAAUCAUAUAUUUUUAUUGGAAUUAUAAAAAAAAAAAUAUUUCGAUAAUCGAGACUAAAAGUAUUAUUCGUUGUCAUAUCGGUUCUUCAAAAGAAAUAUAUUUUUGGUAAAUUAAUAUUGUAACACGCAUUUAUAGUAAUUACAUGCGCUUAAUAGAUAAAAUCUUGUAAGACUUUAUCUUUGUCUGAGAAUUAGCUUCGACGUUAUUAUAUUUAUUAUUGCUAUCUUUUUCUUAAUGUUGAUAGGAUGAAAAAGAUCGAGAUAAUAUUAGAUAAAGAAUAUGGUAUGCAGAAUAAAAUUGCAACUUUAUUAAAGUGAAAUGUUUCCCAAGAUUGUUUCGAAAGGCAAACAAAAUAAACAAUGCUCAGUGUUUUCCAGAUCAAUAUCAGCUGAUGCUGAUAAUAAAUCUACCUUUUACAAGUAAAAUGAAUACAAAGUGAAUUUUGGCGAGAUUGAUGCCGCAGUUCGGUAUAAAUUAAAACGAUACAUUGCUGCUUUUUCAUAGCAGUAAAUAAAAGCGCUCAUAUAAACCAUGCAAUGCACGAACAUUGUUUAUUCGUGUGGCAUCUGUCCGAAAUCCGACAGUGUGGAGCCGGCAUCAGAUGGAUCGAAAGAUUUAU